AUGUUCCGGGCGCGCCACGGAUCGCUACCGUCACUUCCGGGGGGACAGUGGGACGGAAGCCCACGAAACGGGAUUGGAUCCCCGACUCGAAUUCAAAAAAUGGUCGCGCGUGGCGAUGGGGGGUGUGCGACGGACGAGUGCGCUCGUUUCUUCGACGCGGACGAAAUUCCGUUGUCUACGACAUUGUCGGAAAUCGGCUCUCGAAUCUCCCGUUGGUGGACUCGUGUCGCGAAGUCCGACAUUCCUGCAUUCUUGCACGGCACGGCACUGUUGUUGUCCUCCCUUUCCUUCCUCUACCCAUUUUCGUCGUGCAUCACUCGUUAUUCCAAUAUUAUUCCAACGUUGACCAUGACGACGACAUCCCACCGUCCUUGGCUGUCGUCGGUGCGACUCGUCGACUGGGAAUGGCCGGUGCCGGAAGAGUCCACAAUCGCCCACGGAUUAUGCUCCACAUCCGAGUCGACCGAUUGUACCGUCGGUCGGUAUGCUCUGGCCCGUGGCUCGAGCGUGUACGGAUUCGUUUCGCAACAACAACAACCGCACACCACUACCAGCACAAGAAGCACCAACACAACAACAACCAGCACAAGCAGCACCAACACUACCACCGACGAUACGACAACCGUACCAUUCCUGACGCCGGCUUGGCAAGUCUCCUUAGGUUCCGAUCACGCCGUCGUCACGCAGGUAGUGACCAAUACUACCGGUACUAUUGUGGCCGUGGCCAUUGCGGGGGGUACCGUAGCCGUGCUCCGUGCCCUCGAUGGGGCCGUACUCGUCACGCGGUCCCUCCCCACACGGUCCGAUGUUCGGCUGUCCUUCGGGGUCCACGCCAACGGGCACGAUACCUUGUGCAUCGAAAUACUCACACGCGAUCGCGAUCCUACUUCCAAUACUACCACUCAUGGUGGUCAGCUCGUGGUCGUUUCGCACAUGGACGGAUCUACUCUGCCAACGCUCGCGUUGGAUGGACGAAUGGACGACGCCGACGUCACCACUACUACGACGAGCCUCGCACACGCCGUGGCUCGUUGGCGGAUUCAUACCCUCACGUUGCCCGACGAUCUACGGUCGGUACGGGAAUACCGAACCCGUGGCGAUCCCGAGACACCCCGUUUCGUGGGAAUGUACGCGCACGGUCGGGCUCUGGGGGUCUACCGCACAGUGUUGGUCCCCACUACGGCUCACGAGGCCGCCGAACUGGUGCCGGAAACUCCCGGGGCCGUGGACGAACACCCACACCGUAUUCUAGAUGCGGAACAAGGAUUGUCCGUGGCCUCACGUUCCUUCGGGAAACCCGGCCGCGACCAAGACUCGGACCCCUUCUUUUUCGUCGGCAGUUACUCGGGGACGGAAGCUUCUCGGGCGUCGGGCGUCUUUUGGUGGGAUCCGGAUAGUGUCCGGGUUGUCUGUCACUACAACAUGCGCCACGGUGGUCCCGUGCCGUUUCACAGUAAAGCAAGCGUCCCCAAUGUUCUGGAUCUGACCCCGAUCCAGGCGUAUUCCGACGACACUCUGGCCUUGGCCGUGGCCUACCGUACCUCGACCGGGGCCUGUCUUCAGGUCCUGCAAGUCUUGCUGGACGAAACCAUGGGAUUGACCGUACUCGCCAACCCACACGUCGUCUUUACCAUUCCCCUUGAAACGCGGGUGCCGUUGGCAGUGUUGUCGUUGUCCCCCACGCCACCGAAUUCACACCCACAACCGUUUGGAUUUUUCGUGCAAACCGCACUCGAAACGUCCCACCGCGGUACCGGCCGCUACCGAUUCUUUCUACCCGACGCCACGGCCGCCCGUGUGGGUCACGUCUGUCAAUUGCUGCAACGUGGAGAUUUGGAUGCCGCCGAAGCCGUGGUUGGGCAAUACAAUCUGGCCCAACUCGACCACGACAACGGCCACGUAUCCUUCCAUCCUUCCCAAAUUGCUCUGAAACGUCUCGCGUCACUACUGGAUCAUCACCCUUGGGUAGAGACGGAUGUCGCGCAACGAUGCUUGCACAAUUUGGCUCGCGGUGCCCGGACGGGAAACCGAUUCGGAGUACGGUCGUUGCUCCAAGCCGUGGAUCUGGUCCUAGAGUGUCCGGUCCGUGAUGCCCUGUUGGCCAUGAACACUGUCAUUGAUACCGUGGUGCAAACAACGUUUCCGGAAUCCACCCGCCAGUUACACACCGCGUUGGUCGCCAAGCAACGAGAGCUACAAGAUCGUCUCGACACGGUGCGCUAUUUAGAGACAGUCGAGUUGCCGUCGUCCCGGUCCGUCGCGAUCCGAUCCGCCCGGACUCCGUCCCACCUCUUUGCCACGUUGGUACGGGAAGGAUGUUACGGGAUGGCCGAGGCGUUGUGGUAUUCCCACUUGCGUUCCUCCUUAUCCGACGAGGUAUUGGUCGCGUCCGUGCUCAAUAUUACGCACGAGGUGGAUCCGUCCGCGUACAUUCCUCUGCUCCGGGACGUGGUGCUGCCGAGUCUCGCAAUCAAUCACGAGCUUCUGCCCACGUUACGGGCAUGGGCAUGUCGGACCGCGGACGCUUUGGACCACCACUGGUCGGAGGAAAAAGGCCUGGCAGCGGCCAUUCAACUAUUGGAAGUAGUGGAUCGAGGUACCAAGGAUCUGCAACUCCGGAUUCAUCAAUCGUUCGCGACAUACUCCCCGUUCGUGACGGGUCUGAACGAAAGUACCGGUAGGAAACUCACCCUGACGCGCCGGUCUCCGCGCGCCCGUGGCGGAGUUGGUAGCGAAGAGGUAUCGCACGAUUCACAAUCCAUGACUAGUGGCACUCUGUCGUCUCGGCAUACGAGUGGUGCGGAGGAACCGUCGUCCACCACGGCACCAACCCCGACAACGUUACCGGAAUCGUCGGUCCAGCGUACAGCGCCCACCGUGCUCAAGCUGGGUCAUCUCGAAAUCGGAGCCGUCAAGCGACGCCAACCCAAUACUUUGCUAGCGAUGGUUCACGGCGACGACGAUGAUGACUGCAUCUACGAAGGACAACGAACAGCACGUGGGCUUGGGUUUACACGAGAUGCGGCUACUCUACGGACCUUUGGCCCAAACGGAGGAGAAACCUUUUGUGCGCAACAGCUGGUACAGCUCUGCUCUCGCGGGUCGGAAAGUCACGACGUUCGAGCCAAGAAUCUUGCCGAGCAGGUCAAGCCUUUUUGCUCGCGGUUUGGUGUCGACUACGAUACGAUUGUGCUGCAAUGUUCGGAAUCGUUGUGUCGCGGCAAGCAUAUUGGUGAAGAUCAAAUACGGGAAGCCACAUCGAUCGCUUGCUGUUGCGAAUCUGUUUCCGUCAAGUGCCACGGAAUUCUUGCGGCUCUCCGUGCCGCGCUACUCUGUGGAUGCUCGGCAGAUUGGUUGACUCACAUUUCCAAAAACGCCGUUGCCUGGGCCUCGGCCGAUUCCAAGCUACAGUCGGAACUGAUUGAAGCCUCACGCCUUUUACUGAUUGACAGUAUCGUUCGGAAGUACUGUGGAUCCGGCGCCAAGGAUCUGUUCCGCGUUGACAACCCACGCCACGCGGUUCGACUAUUGGACUUUGUCACGAAGCACCUGGAUCGGGAAUCUGUCGUAGACGACAUCUCUUCUCUGUGUGACGCCUUUACGCAUUUGUCGCCGAAGCACGCCUUUGGCUCGCUGAUACAGCGGGCCUUGCUGCAGGACAAGGUUGACUUGGCGGCGGCGGUGCUGGCGCAACUAUGGGACCGCAACCCGUCUCUGGCAGAAAGCACGCUAGCUAGUACAGUUUCUUUUGCGGAAGAAAUUCUGCACGAAAGUAGUGCCUUCGACCGGAACCCAGUACAAGUGUUGAACCACGAGACAGAGCUCGUGAAGCAGAACGCGAGACGCAUGGCCAUAGGUAUCAGUGCACUCAUCCAGUCCGUCAUGGAGCACACGGUCCGGCUGAAUUCGGAAAAUGCCGCAGAGAUUGAUUGUUGGACAGUUUUGGGUUCUCUUCCUAUUUUGAAAGCUUCCGUGGAACGCAUCUGCUCACUCCAGUCAGAGAGUGGCGUGUACACAUGCCUGGAUCAUUGGACUUGUACAUCGCAGAUUGUUUCGAUCGCAAGCGAUCUGGUGUUGGCCGCCACGGAGGACCAUCUGGAGUGCGAGGAAGCUGUGUUGCGGCCUUUGAUCAAGAAAGCGAGGCGCGGGGUCUCUCUUUUAGAAUCGUCGUCGACAGUAUGGGGAAAGGAACUGUGGUCCGUUGCCGCGAGACAGGUAUUGGUAAGGAGCAUCCGUGAGAACCCGAAGGAGAAAACCUUGAUUUUGCUCCAAACGGCAGACUUGGACGCCCCAUUCCACAGUCCAAUUUCCACGUAUACACAGUUAACGACUGUGGUGGAGUUGUGUCGGCGAGGUCAGAAAAGUGUGCCCGUGGAAGGAAUGAAAUUGGUCACAGUGGCAGAUUCACUCCUACGGAACCAAGUCCUCCCAAUGUGCGGAGCGCAGCUCCUGCCAGUUGUUGUUUCUUUGCGAUGCUUCCUGGAUACAGCUAUACACGUGUUCCUUCAGGCGGACGAAGGCGUCGGUGAACAGAUCGAACAAAUGCAAUGUGACUUGAAAAGCGAGAUUCUUAGACGCGGAGUGGACUCGUCUAUCAAGCACAGUCGGCCUCUGCUCGCACAAUUGCCUAGUCCGAAAUUUCAUCCUUCUUGGUACGUAGGUGAUGGUCUUUUGCUUCCCCCCCAGGAAGCGCUAGAUGUCAGUAUGGACUUUUGCCUUCAAGGAGUCCGGAAUGACUGUUUCCUAUCGGACAGAGCAUUGAAAAUUCAUCGAUUUCUGGGUGAAAGAGGCGCCCACUUUCUCAGUCUUCGGAUUUUGUGCUGGUCAUCCGUGGUUCAGUCUUGCUACCGGGGACCUCCUUUAGCCAGCGGGAUAGAAGCCACGGCUGAAAACAAUUGUUAUUGCGCAGUUCGUGACACAAUGAAUUUUCUGGCCGAACGAAGUCUUGGGGGUUCCUCAUCGGGAAUUACGAGUGGAUCUGUCGAUUCCGAGCUAGCGGUGACGUUUCUUCUCAGUCUUCCUAUGAAAUCUGCAUUCAACGUCUACAAAUCAGCACUUCCCUCGGGAAUCAAAACAAGAGCAUUUGAUCGUGUUCUGAGUCUUGCUAAUGUCGGCAGAGUCGCUUGCACCGAAGGAACACCUGUCGACUUCCAGGCAUUUUCUGCCGUCGGGUGGGCCAAGCAAACAGCGUUUGCUCGCCAAUGCGAACGUCUUGCUCUGAAGGCCUCGUGGUGGAAAAUCCUGGAAGGCUUUGGUAUUGAGUUUGACCCGCAGCGUUUCGAUGUCGGAGAAACCCACAUUGCGGGCACCGGUACAGCCUCAAGCGACCUUGCUCGAUGCGACCCGACGUAUACCAUUUCUAUAUUAGAGGCCCUCCUUUGGAAGACAUCAAAGAUCCUAGAGAGUCCUAUCGUUCUUCGAUUAUGCGGUCGUUUUGCCGCAUCUUUUGACUUACCUCGUGUGCUAGUCCUUCAGAAGCAUGUCGAAUACCUCCUAUCUGCCCAAAUUACAAAGGCAAAAAGCGGCCAUUGUGUCGGAAUCGAUCGUGACCCACGGUCUGAUCUACACCAAUGUAGACGGAUUGCUCAGGCUUCGCUACUGGAAAUAGAACCUCCAGUAAGGCGAUGCGAGAUCGUUCGCCGCUGUAUUUUGGCAUUACAAGACUCGUCGACGUCAGAAACAGACUAUGAACGCUAUUCAAUGCUCUUUUCCUUAUACCAUGACUCAUUGACAUUUGUUUUAGACAAUGAUACCGCGGUACAAGGACUCAGCCUUAAUCAGCUUGAAGACGAACUUGAAAGUGUCGACCGGCGACGGGACGCGCUCGCCAUUCUUUCUGACUUUUUCCAAGGGCCUAGACUUAUCAAAAGACCCGGUCUUUCCAACUUCUUUCCUCCUCUCCGGUCUCUCUCUCUCAAUGCAAAGCCCCUUCCCUCGUUGAACAAGUGCAGUAUGUUUGGAACUUCGACCGUUUCUGGUGAACAUUUUGAUCCUUUACAUUGUUUGGAUAAAUUGCUUUCGGAAUCACAAGAAAAUGUUACCGCCCUGGCUCCGCUUUGCUUGCCCCUUGGCUUGCCCCAAGGGUACAUCCAUGCACGUUCACUCGUUGUUCGUUUUAAAGCCGCAGCAAACCGAGAGAGUGCAUACCCCUCUCUUGAGAAUGAUGUAGUUCCUGUUCUCAAUCGCUUGCGGUCACACACGGACAAAUACACACUUGCCGAUUGGUGUGCCUCGUAUUUCACGAACAAUGACACCGAUAAUGAAAACCUCGCGUGUAUCGAUCUCGCCUUACAAUCUGCUAUAGAGGCUUCGAAUGAGGCCGAACGCCGAAUGCAACACAGCAACGGAGAUGACAAGGAGAUAAUGAUGCUGGAACAAUUUGCCCUUGAGAAAUUGAGAACAAUUUCUCUGAAGAGAGACGCUCUUACAGACCGAUUGAAAGUAAAAGCAAUCCUGACCACUUGCAACGGGUCUCAUCGAGACUCUGUGUCUAGGUUGUCAUGCAGUCUUGCUCAACUUUUAGAUGCCGAAACGAAAAGCAAUCCGAAUAUGAUGCCAGAAGAUAUAGUGGAUUUUCUUUUGCGGUCCGGAUCCCGUCUUACUGCCUUGGCAUCUCUAGAUGACAAGGUGGCCUGCACAACGGAGCAAUUCCGACAAUUUUCUCUGAAAGUAAAAGAUGCUUGUUCAUCGAUUGCCGAGCGCUACUCCCAUAUCCAACCCGAUGAACACUGUAAACAGCUCGCGAGGAGAUGGCUUCUCUUUGGUGAAAAGGAUCACAGCUUGAUCGGAUUCCAGAGCGUCGCUACUAUGUCUGGUGCACGGAGUACUGACGUUUCAAAUGAAAAGGCAAAGGACGACGAUGAAUCGGAAUUCAUAAUGGAUAUUGCCGAUCUACAAGCCAAAGACGACUGGGAUGACGGGAUAGCUUUGCCUAAGCAACAUUCUCUUAACCAGUUCACGUCUGAAGAAGAACGCUCAUCAUUGUUACCUAUAUCAAUGCGGGAACUUUCAGAAGUGGGAAGCCAUCGGGCGUCUCUUCGCAUUGCGUUUGUCCUCGUUGUUGCUGAUGAAUACAAGAGCCUUGGAGCAAGAGCUGUUGAGAUAGUGGACGAAAAUGCUGGCUCCGGGGCAUUAAAUUUGCAAAAGACCAAGGCAAAGGGCCGUCUUGGACUUUUGUCGCGUAUUGAGACUAAGCGCGAAUCAAGAAACGAGAGCAGCAUAAUUCAACUUUCUCGCGAACUUCUUCGAGUCGUAUUUGGGGCUUCUGAUUCUGCUAUUACUCUCUUUGGUGCCAAUAGCUCGUUCGACGGAGGCGUUGCACUCAACGAGCAAUCUACAACCCCAAAGUCGAUAACUUUCGCGAUGCGUCACAGAGCUUUAAGAGCAGCUGCUAUCUUGUGUCCCCAAGAAAUAUUGGAGCGUGUCAUUAACGAAUCUGUUAUGUCGGAAUUCGCAUCUAAAUCCGCAUUAGCUAAGGAAUGCUUGCUCAAGGACUGUGCUUUCGGAUCAUACGUCGCUAAGGAGAUCGAAGAGAUGGGGUUAUCACUUCCUCAUUCAGACCUGAGACAAUUGAGCACUAUGCACUUUUUAUCUUAUGCGCGGUCGCUUUGGCGCCACCACCGUGGCGGAGAGAUGAAGGGGUACAAAGGGCGACUUUUACUGCUUCUCUUGGAAAUGUGUCUCAAAGCAGAAAGUACUGACAACGCUUUUGUGACGAUGCUUUUAAACGAAAUGAACCGACUGCAGCUGCCACGCACGUUGCUACACGCUCUGGAACUUACUUCAAAUUACAAUGGAGCUGGCGACGAGCUUCCAUUCGUUCAAGAUCCUUCGUUUCUUGCAGCUCUUUCGUCAUUGAUUGGUGCCAUGAGCAGCGAACUGCAACCGAAGGAAUGCACACUCAUUCCUGAUGCUUAUCAUUUCGAAGAGGUGGUGGAGAGCUUAUCCCGUCUCGGUUGUAUCGUGCGAUUAGUAAGCUGGACCACGAGUGGAAAUGAUAGCCUUACUCACUUUACGAACCUUGCCGCCAGCGCAUCUUCUCAGGCUUGCUUUGAGCCUAUAAGCAAGGACAUACGCAGGAUUGUCGAAAGCACCUCCCACCAAAUGAAUGCGAAAAAUCUCGGAGUGUCGUUGCAAGUUGGCACAAGGUUUGCUGGAUGGAUUGGGACCAGUCAUUUACUGUCAGAUUGCUAAAGAAAACUGUUGAAUAUACCGUAUGCAGAUAAGCCGCUACAAUUAGACAAUCCUCUGUCUCCUGUAGUU